AUGGAUCAGCCGCGCAUGUCGUCGACUUCGCUGCUUGUUGCAUCACCAGUCAUGUGUACGGCGACCCGUGUUAUUAGCAGCAGUACAGCUGAUCGCGAGGAGGUCACACUAGCCUCCGUGGCCUCUGGAACGUCUGCGCCCGGUGCGACGAGGUCGUCGACAUCACUUCCAACGUGCUUCGUUUCUGAGGCGCGAGGCUCAAGCCCUACGCCGUCGACUCAGCUCUUGGCGGGCACGAGCAGCCUCUCGCGUGAUUCGGCCUGGGCAACACCUGCGCCGAAUUCAAACCACAGUAACCGUGACAGCAGUAGUAGUAGUCGUGGGUGCAGGCCCCUAUCGCCUCCACUAGUGCAGAUGACGCCCGCUUCUACCACAGCUACCACUACCGCCACCCUGCAGGUUACCCAUUCGCAGCAGGUUUGGCGCGCCGGCUGUGAAAUGGCGGCAAUCACGUCCUACACUGGUGAUGGCGUCAGCAGCGUUGCGGGUCCCUGCCACGAGGCGGAGGCGUGUAGAGGCUGUAGUACGAUAUAUCGAUGCAGCGAGCCGUCCGCAUCCUCCUCGUCCUCAUUUAUCUCUGCCGCGGCCACCACCAAGGCUCGUGCACUUAGGUCGGAGCGGCGCCCUUCUUGUGUUGUUCGAGCCGAGUUAAUGGACUCAGCCAGCCCAGGUGAUGUACGGAGCAGGUGCUGUGUGAACGCGGCAGCAGUGCCGUUAACGGUGCGGGGAUUAGCAUCGAACAGUAUUGACGUGCCGGCCGAUAUAACAGGAGCACCGCUAUCAGACGAGCUAGUGUCAGUGGGAGUGCCGGUUCGCGAGCGCAGUGACCUUCAUGCGGUAUCACGGGUUGCUGAGGUGGACUCCAUCGCGGUGACAAGAACUGCCACGAGCCCUACGUCUUCUUCACCUCUCACUCUAAGCGCACCCUUUCAGCUCCGUGACACCGGCACCUCCGAUGUGCCGUGUUGGCAAAUGAGCCCUGGGGAGGACGGCAGUUGCCCUGAAGGAGCCGAAUACAUCAACCUGCUCGAACUCCUCACUCGUGCGUCAUCGACGCAUGAGGGUCUCGACGCUGUAUCCACCGACGAAGUCGUACCGCCUUUGCCUGGCAUGGACACCGUGGCGCACGUGGAGGAGCCAGCAGCGUGCUCGCCGUCACCUGAUGUGCCGCUCGACAACGCGCUGUCAGCCGUCCAUAUUCCCAAAGUUGGAAGCGUUUCGAGGAGCGACACAGUCGAACGUGCUGCCGUCAACAACCUCGAAUUUGGUGAGCACAAACAAGCGCCUGUAUUCCGCUCACUCUCGCUGCCACACGGGGUCAUCGACGACGAUGCGGCGCCACACACUGGACACGCCAAGGAGUGGCAGUCGGCGGUAGCAAGUAGCAGGAGCCAACACAACAUCGCAGCAGCGCUGGCGUCGUCUGGAAGGACGGUGCAGGAGACAGGCAGUAACAGCAGUGAUGGGCCAUCAGUAAUGCUGCUGCACAGUCUCGUCGCACCGCGACUGUCACCUUGGGGCACGCAGCUCGAAAGCCGCGGCGACGUGGGCAACGAUGUCUCCGCUGAGUCGGCGCGGCCCACACCAUUGCUUUCUCUGAGUGAGGCUCACCAUAACGGCAGUGGCAUGUUCGCCGGCAGACAGCUGCGCGCCGGGCCGUCUGGUACGGCGGCGACCACGUUUACCGACGUAGCGGCGCCAGCCUCCACCGCCGCAGUAGUACCGGCAACCGCGCGCAGUCAGUCGACCACCAGUAGCACACCCCUACUCGACUCGUUCCGCAUCGUCCUCUCCCCAUGCCCCAGCAGUAUCGCGCCGUCCUUCUCGCUCGUGCCGUGCCCUUCAACGUCGCGGGUGUCGUCGCCGGUAUCGAUCUCAGCAAGAGUUGUGCAGCAGCGAUGGCGUGGUCAGGUCCGGGCUGGGGAUGGGUGUGGCACCUCUCCCCUCCCUGUCGCCGCCCAUUCACUCGAGCUCGCUGGCGGGCGGGCUUUGGGAUCUUGGCUCCCGCCACCCCUUGCCCAUGCGGCGGAGACCUCGCGUAGCGGCAGAGUAGCCGGCGACGGGGCCUGGGGCGCGGUGCGUGUGACACCUCUGCAAGACUGGGAGCGUUCACCAUGGCGGUGGUCAGGUGAUGGAAAUGGGGCAGAUGAGGUUACCGAGCCGAUGCCUCUCCACCCCACCUGCUGGGGCACCACAGCUAACCUGUCGGAGGACGUCUCUGGACUGAGGCGAGGGUGCAUCAGUCCAUCGACUCACGAUGCGCCAGCGUACAGCGGUCCCCGCAGCAGUUGCAACCACGCGGCCACGCUGUCGCUUCGCAGUGGCCUUCCCCAGCCAAGGCUCGCCUCUCUCGACGCAACGCUACCGCCUGAACCUCGCCCGCAGCAGCUCCCCGACUGUGCCUGUAACUCUCUUGCUUUGGCAAACGCCGCCACAGAGGGCCUGUCGCGGGUUUCACCGGCAGCACACGCGUUGUCGUCGCCAUCGCUGCCGCGGCAGGCCGAACCACUUCCGUUGCUGCGUCCAGACCACGGCCAGCGUGACGGCUCCUGCAGUAACGGCGCAGCGCCAUGGACGCGAGACCUGCUUAGUCCCCCCGCGCCGCACAUCACCGCAUUCGCGCCCCCGACAGCGCUGCAGCACAGUGGUGACAGUGUCGGCCCUGGCACUCCAGCUGCUUCGGCUAUUGCCGGAAGGUGUGGGGACACGUGCAACUUACCUUUGCUGACAACCGCAGCCACGACAAGCGUACUCGGUACUUCUGCCUCAGCAUCGCCCUUGACCACGCGCUGGUCAGAAUUCUACACACGCGCUGAACAUGUGGGAUGCACGCAUCUUGGCCAGGUUGAGAGUGGAGAUGUCUACAGAGCCACAUCGUGGUCCCCCACACCUGUGAUGACUGCAUACCGCUACGACAGCAGUUUCCGCCUCUCUCCUACGGAUGCGUCAUCGUACUCGAGUAGCGCCUGGCGGUUGCCUGCGCAGCCUGCUCACUUCGCGACGACCGCCUCAUCCCUGUUGCAGAUCGGCUCCUUCACAGACAUAGCCUAUAGGUGCGUUGCGGACGAGGCGACGUUGACAACAGACGCGUCGCUCGCAGGAGCCGACGGAGAGGACUUUGUGUCAACUUGUUCGACGCCACCGCCGCGGGCGUCGCUUUCGCUCCUCUCGCAGCGCGUGCCGGGGUGCACUUCGUCAAGCAGGAAAGAGGAUGUGUGCCUGUGGCACGCAACGGCGACCAGUGCACGAAUGCUGACACGGACAUCUUCUAGUCGGCCCCGUGGCAGCCCGUUGGCCGGUGCAAUGAAGGCAUCGACCGAGUCAUUGUGGUCCCCGUCACUCUGCACGUCCCCCACAGCAGUGACAGCCGUCGGCGACUUGGGGAGCAAAGGAGGAGUUGGGCAUACGUGCAGCCGAGGCAGAGGACCCUGCUGCUCUGACGCGGUGUACGCGGCUUCUGCGGACAGCGACGGCCUCGUGCACUUCGGGGUGGAGUCGGAGCUCUGUGGGCUGCAGCGCGAUGUGAAUGCGAAAUUGCCCUUCUCAGGCAGCUUGAGCAGCGCCCUCCUCACGUCCACCGGGGUUGCUCUUGAAGUGCAUCAGCAAGCUCCCCCUACCAUGCUUUGCGUUGACAGCGAGCGUGGCGGAGCGGAUUGUAAUGACGUGGGUAGCUCCAGUGUCUACGUGCCAUCCGCACUGCUACUGGUGCCGCCUCCGCCGUUGGUGGCCCUCCCUGCACACUGGUGCUCCUUUUCGAUAGCCUCUCCCCGCGGCGGCGACUUGACGACACCAACGGUGGCCAUCCGCACUGCUGACACCACAGCGACAACCUCUGCCUUUUACACCUCGUCGCCACGGCGGCCCUCGCCGGUGCCGUCCAUCCCUGAGCAGACUGCCCUCCUGGCAGCGUCCAUGGCCAUGAACGAGUCUCUGGUCGAAGGCGGAGGAGUGGCUGCAGCACUGACAAAGGGUGAUUAUGAGGCUGAUAUGUUCGCGACGCUCGACGCACCAACUGACGUCACCGUCGUUUCUGCCGAAGGCGUGUCCUCACUGUUGCCCACGUCGUCGUCUGCCGUGUCUCCUGCUACGCAGUUCCAGUGCGCCUUCAGCUCGCUGCGUGGCUGUCGAAACAGACAAGAGGAUAGCGUCAUGCUGGUAGCCAACCUACCGGUGCGCAUGCGUAGUAGCGCCAUCGCAGUGCCGAGCACUGAGGCUGCGCAUACGGCACCUGCGUCAGCUCGAGAGGGCAGCGGAGCGAGUGCCCGAAGUCCACCCGGGGCAGUGGGUGAACACACGCAGUGGGCCGAGGAAGACUCGAUCGCCGCAACAGCGGUGACGCAGCACAUCUCCAGUGAGCAAGAUGAGGUCGUCUUUGCUUGUUUUGGCGUCUUUGACGGUCACUGCGGCGACGCUGUUGCGUCGCUGGCCUCGCAGUUCUUUCCGGAACACUUCGAGCACGCCGUGAAGACUUAUCAGAGGCAGUGGGAGCAGGACCAGCGAGAUAGCAGAGGUGCGUCUCGUGGUGCAGGCAGCUUCGCGCAGCUGGGGAAGGAAGUCCUCGGGAGCUGCGACUGCCGCCCAGAAGGGCCCGUAGCGGAGGAGCUGCGUGGCCAUCGCGAGGCAGCGCCGAUGGAGGCAGUGAAGUUUCAGCGAAUCGUGAGCGCUGCCCUUGUGCAGGCACUGGUGCACCUUGACCUGACGUUGUACAACGUCCUGCAUCGCGAUGCACACGGCCCCUCCGUCCAGCGUCGCGAUGCAGGGUCAACGGCAAGCGUGGCAGUGUUUUUCAAGCUUCCGACUGCAGCUGCGUCGUGCCAUAGCGACGCGAGAGAGGUGGCGGGCAGCUGGGCGAAUGGCACAUCGCUGUUGCCCACGGGCAAUGGUGAUGCGCCGUCAGACAGCGGUGGCUCUGCCGCCACUCGCCCACCUGGAAGGCAGGAAGAACCAUGGAAGCAAGGGGAACAUUGCGAGGCACCCACAUCACCGAUGCCGGCUGCACAGGCAGGGGACACGUAUCGACUCUGCAUCGCAAAUUUGGGCGAUAGCCGUGCCAUUAUCGGCAAUCUGCAGACAGGCGAAGUUCUGCUCCGAACCACUGACCACCGCAUCUCCACCUACCCAUCCGAGGCAGCCCGAAUCCGGGCUGCCGGCGGCGUAGUGGAGCUUGACCGCAUAGACGGCAGCCUCGACGUCACGCGAGGGCUCGGGGACUACCGAUACAAGGUUGAGCCGGGGCAGUGGUGGGACUCCACUGCUGCAACAGCCGAAUCCUCCGCGACGGGUAUGCCUGCCAGUGCGUCAUCGGCGUUGCUCGCGGUCUCUGCUGCAGCCGCUGCCGUCACGUCGUUGUCAUCCCACGCUGAGGUCGUCGCGGGGUCGUUGCCAACUGCGAAUACGCCACGGCGCAGCGAUGCCUCCGAGGACGCCCUCGUGAUGAGGGAACUGCGCUGGCCGUCAAGCUCGAGUACAACGCUUCGGAGUUUGAUGAGCGACGACGUCGAUGGUGGCGGAGCUACGCUGGGGGACUCGCAGCGUGCGAGCAAUGUGGGAUGCACUGAUGGCGAGGCGCAGUCGGUGUCUGCGCCCCUAUCACAGGAAUUGCCUCCAUCCGACUCUGCGGAAAGGAUGGGGGAUGCUCAUACGAUACAAGAAGAGGGUUCGCAGCAGAGACUGGCUUCUAGCUCUCUGCCGCCCCUCUCGCCAUCCUCGCCGCUCUCCUCGCGGCCUACGUAUGCGUCGGCAUCGGCUGUCGCACUGACCAGCAACGCCGUAAGCAACAUCGCCGACGUGUACGAGUGGGAAGUCCACCGCGGCGAGGUGUUGAUCAUCGGCUCCGACGGCGUCUGGGACCGCAUGACACCCGAGGACGUGCUUUCCUUUGUGCGACGUGAGCUGCUUACAGCAGAGCAGCAGCCCAAAGCGGCUGCGGGAAAUUUGAUUCACCGUAACGACACGCCAGUGGAAGCGUCCAAUGGCGUGAGGCUGAGGGCAUGGAAAUCGCCAGGGCUUGAUAGGGCGGGUCCAGAGGUAUCGGGUGCAACCGGGGCACCGCUGGUAUUUUUCAGCGAGACGCUCGAGGGCACACCGCCGCGGCAACAGUCGCCGUGCCACCAGCAAAGGCGUACGAGUGCCUGCUGUUACCCUGCUGGGCUGCUCUGCACCCCAGAUGGCAGCGGUGCGGCCUCGUACGACCAAGACGACGCCGCGAAUUUGCUGGAGAGUACGACCGGCAGCGCGCCAUGUUUGUUUGCUGUGCAGGCGGCGGCGCGGCGGUUAACGGAGCAUGUCGUUAACAACCUCUUCGGCAGCGACAACACCUCCGUCGUGGUGGUGGCAUUUGACUGA